AUGCGACUUCAAGCUUCUAUGAGGCUUCAGGUUUCUCCUGUUGAAUUCUUUCAGGAUGGGGAGUAUCUCUUAGCCGAUUCUGGUUUUCAAUGUACCACUGUCAUUAUUCCAAUGUACAAAUGCGCUUCAGGGGAACUUGAUCUGCCAGGGAGACAAUUGUACUUCAAUGACAAAUGUGUAACCGCUUGUGUGACAAUUGAAUAUGCCUUUGGUAUCUUGAAAGGCUGUUGGCAAUUCUUGAGGGGAGCAAAGAUGCAAGUUAAGACCAAGGAGGAUGAAGCACGAGUGUAUGGAAUGAUACAAGCCGCUUUCAUCCUUCAUAACCUCACUGUUUCAACAGCAUCAGACUAUGUUAGCAAUGAGGAUUUACAAAGACAAAGAGGGACUGAGCGAAGGGAGAAGAACCAACUUCUAGUUGGCCAAAGGGGACAUGCUGGACUCAAAGAGGAUUACAUUAGGAGAGAGCGUCUGGUAGAAGAGAUGCUGGAAUAUGAGAUUGAUGAGUACAUCUUUUGA